AUGGCAACCACACAAAAAGACCGAGAGUUUCUUGCCGUGAUUGGCGACGAGGAUUCCGUGACGGGCCUGCUGCUGGCGGGAAUCGGCAAUGUGUCUGACGACGCGGAAAAGAAGAAGAACUUCUUCGUGGUGGACGCCAAAACCGAAAACGAAGCCAUCGAGAAGGCGUUCGACGAGUUCACCAACACCCGCAAGGACAUUGCCAUUCUGCUCAUCAACCAGCAUAUUGCCGACAAGAUCCGCUUCCGAGUUGACACAUACACACAGGCCUUCCCUGCGCUGCUGGAGAUCCCCUCCAAGGACCACCCCUACGUGCCCGAGAAGGACUCGGUUCUGCGACGAGUCCGACGUCUGUUUGGUGACAACUAG